CGACGAAGAAACUCUCCGACCUUCUCCAUCGCAAUCGGACCGUGCCCACCUCUGCCGUCGAUCCCUGCCAUGAUUUGCCACUAUUCUUUUUGCAUCCUUGAUCCAAGCGACACGGCGUUGGUGGAUCUCCAUGGUGGAGAUUCGCGAUUAGGCCAUCGGAGCCUUACAAAUCAAUAUUCCAAGUGGCCGUGCCACCAUGGCCGUUACCGAUCAUACAUAAGGAUCGUGGUGAGGCUGCAGUCACCAAGCCGAUCCCCCUCAAUCCGACAUCCAUCUACUAUUCAUCAAGAGGGACACCAUGACCGUUGCCUUCCCUGACAUCGAGAACAAGCCCGCCGCGGGCAUCUCGUACUUUACCCCGGCGCAGGAGCCGCCCUCCAGUACGGCUGCGAGUCCUCAGACCAGUGGCGCGGCUAUUCCCAAGCUAUUCCAGCCGAUCACAAUCCGGGGGGUGACAUUUCCGAACCGUAUUGGGUUGGCUCCCCUCUGCCAGUACAGCGCCGAGGAUGGACACAUGACGGACUGGCAUAUGGCGCAUCUGGGCGGCAUCGCCAUGCGUGGAGCAGGAUUCAUCAUGGCCGAGGCCACGGCGGUGGUCCCCGAGGGACGGAUCACCCCGCAAGACACGGGUCUGUGGAAGGACUCCCAGAUCGAACCGAUGCGGCGCGUGUUCGAGUUCGCACACAGCCAGGGCCAGGUCAUCGGCGUGCAGCUGGGCCACGCCGGCCGUAAGGCGUCGACGGUGGCUCCCUGGCUCGCGUCGCAGGGGAACCUGGCGACGCCGGCCGUGGGCGGCUGGCCGGACAAUGUCAAGGGCCCCAGCGCGGUGCCCUUUGCCAGCAACUUCGCCACCCCGAAGGCCAUGACGCUGCAGGAGAUCGACGAGCUCAAGACCGCCUGGGUGGCCGCCGUGCAGCGCGCCCUCAAGGCCGGCGCCGACUUUAUCGAAAUCCACAACGCCCACGGCUACCUGCUCUCCUCCUUCCUGACCCCCGCCGUCAACACGCGCACGGAUCGCUACGGCGGCAGCUUCGAGAACCGCAUCCGUCUCUCCCUCGAGAUCGCCCAGCUCACCCGCGACACCGUCGGCCCGGACGUCCCCGUCUUCCUGCGCGUCUCCGCCACGGACUGGUGCGAGGAAUCUCUCCCCGACACCCCCGGCUGGCGCACAGAGGAUACCGUCCGCUUCGCCCUCGCCCUCGCCGACCAGGGCGCCAUCGACCUGCUCGACGUCUCCACGGGCGGCAUCGCCGCAGAGCAGAAGAUCACUUCCAGCGUCGCCUUCCAGAUCCCCUUUGCCGUCGCCGUCAAGCAGGCCGUCGGUGACCGUCUGCUCAUCUCGGGCGUCGGCGCCCUUAACGACGGCCGCGUCGCCAAUAAAGUCGUCGAGGAAGACGGCCUCGACUUCGCUCUUGUCGGCCGCAAGUUCCAGCGUGACCCGGGUCUCGUCUGGGGCUACGCCACCGAUCUCGGGGUCGAAAUCUCCGUCGCGAACCAGAUCCGCUGGCCCUUCACCCGUCGCGGCGGUACCCCGUUUGUCAGAACAGAAGAUUUCAAGGCCGCCAUGUUUGUUGAAUAGACUUUUGCUUAAUUUAAAAUAGAAGCAGCGUAUUCCAUAG